UUCGUGAUGACCAGACCCUCCUUCUUCUUUGUUCAUCUUCUUUUUUUUUUUUUUUCCUUGGAUAAAUCUUCUCUUCUAGGUCUCAUUAUCAAUUUAACAACAAUUGGGUGACUGUCUCAUCGCUGCCUUGAUCGUCCUUGACUUUCUUGGAAGUCGAGGACUUUUUUCUUCUGUCAUAUUACUUCUCGAGAGAAGAUAUCUCGAGUUUAUCUGGGCCAUGGUUGCUUUAGAUUCCCCUUUUCCUAGCCUUAGUAGCUCUUCUUCUAGUAGAAGGAAGAAUGUAACUUCUUUGGAAACAAAUUUGUUUACAGUCUACAGUUCUGAUGCUUCCAUCUCCGCACGGGAAGCAGUUCAAGAUUACUCUUGUGACAGCUGUGACGAUUUGACUACCGUAUCAUCAGCUUGUUGCGACUUUGAUGAACUGUGUGGUAUGGACACAGCGUUAGAGGUGAGCUGCAGGUCCAAUGGAGACGGCCGUGAGGGUCAAGAGGCUUGUGGUAGUGGUACAGCUUCAUCUCUAGACAAGAGUCUUCCAGGAUAUACCGUGUAUGCGAGCGGUUGGAUGUACGGUAAUCAGCAAGGCCAGAUGUGUGGCCCGUAUACGCAACAGCAGCUAAUUGAUGGGCUAUCCACUGGCUUUUUACCUGGGGAUCUUCUUGUAUAUCCAAUUAUCAAUGGUUAUAUGCCAAAUUCGGUACCACUUAAGUACUUCAAGCAGUUUCCUGAACAUGUCACCACUGGUUUCGCAUAUCUACAAAGUGGAACUAUAAGUGUGGUCCCUCCUGUUAGUAAUGCCACUGUCUAUCAACAUGAGACUCAAACGGAGCAUACAACUUCUGCUGCUCAUUUGAUUUCUAAUCAGACAUUGCCUACACAGACCAACACUAAUGGUUCUGUCUCAGAUCAGCCAAUGUUAAACCAGGAGGAAGCGAAUUUGUUAGCGUCAUUCCUCUCAUUGGGAAGUGAACAUGCUUGCUGGUUUCUUGUUGAUGUCGAGGGUAGAAAUCAUGGACCACAUUCUUUAUCGGAGCUUUAUAAUUGGCAGCAGCAUGGAUAUAUUUCAGAUGCAACCCCGAUACGUGAUAGUGAAAAUAAGUUGAGACCAAUCACAUUAGCAUUGUUAAUUGCUGUAUGGAGGGAGAAAUGUGGUAGUGCUGAUUGUGCCGAGUCAGUGUCUGGGGUGAGCUUCAUAUCCGAAGUUUCUGAAGAACUCUCUUCUCAGCUUCAGAGUGGAAUAAUGAAAAUAGCUAGAAGAUCUCUACUCGAUGAAAUCAUCAGUAGUGUGAUUUCAGACUUUCUUAAGGCAAAGAAACGAGACGAGCAUCUCAAGUCUGAUCCACCUAGUUCUUCUGCCCAAGUUGAAUCCACAUCGUCUCAAGUUAUCAAUGCAGAAAAAACUGCUGUCUCAACCACUGAAGCAACAGGUCAUAGUCGUAUAUCUGUAGAGUCGCUCAAAGAAACUAAAUCUGUUGGAAGCACUGAGAACUUUCAGACAUCUUGCUCGGCUGUAUCUGGAAUACUUUACAACCAUUGCAUGCAAAUAAUGUUUAACGCUGUCUUUUAUGAUACUGUGGCAACUUAUUCAUUAUCUUGGAGAAAGCACAAACUUUGGUCUCGUUCUCCUGAUAUUUCAACUGUUGCUAGCUACUGCAAGGGUUCCCCGACAAAUUAUUCAGACAAACCUGAGACAGUUGAGAGUUUACCCGACAGUAGUGGAAUAGAAAGCGUCAUAACAAGCAUCUCAGAACAUGUAGAAAGUGAGCUCUUUUUGUCUCUGCGAACUUACCUGACUAAUUAUACUGGCAUUCUCAUUGAAGAUGGAGCGAAUAACGCAUCUAGUACUGUCCGAGAUGGCAAAACGCAUGCGGAAAACCUGUCAUCUUUUCAUAAGUCCCCAUGUAAGCUGGAAGGGUCUGGUGAAAAGAAGAAUGAUUUAGUUGUCGUUCCUGCUGGGUUGCGUUUUUCCAGUGAUUUCAGUAAGUCUCAGAGACUCGUGCAAGAAGGAGAAUCCUCUGAGCAAAUCACAUCUGAGGAUAUUAUUGCCAAUAUAUUUAUUACAACAUUGGAGACAGUGGACAGUCCUGUUAAUGAUCAGCUUGAUACUCUGGAUAUUCAUGAGCCACCACCACCUGGAUGUGAAAGCAACACGGAAAUGCCAUCUCUGCGCUGUAAGUUUCGGCCUGUAAGAUCAAAGGAAUCCAUUCCUGAGAUUGAAGAAUAUGUUGCAAUGGCUUUAUGUAGACAGAGGUUGCAUAAUGUUGUUAUGAAAGAUUGGAAAUCACUGUUCAUGAAGUGUUCUCUAAACGAAUUCCUUGCUUCUCGGAAAGGAAGCCAUCAAAUUUCUCGUAAAGAUACACUGGCCCUGAAGAAGCUCAAAACUGUUACUCGGAACAAAAAGCUAGUAGAGACAAAUAUGUCAAAUCAUACAGCAGAGAAGCCAACGAAAGCAUGUGUCAGAUCUUCUGACAAAAAUCUGGUUAAACGACCUAAGAAACUGUCUACAGGUUCUCAUUCCAUGAAAGAAACCCUUAAAGUCGAUACACCCUGUAUAGAUUUGUCAGUUCAGAAACCAAUUCAACAGAAGAUAAGGAAUGCUGACCGGCGAGAUCAAAGUAUCACAAAGAAUGUGACCAAGUCUCAGAAAGACAAGGUUGGUAAAGAUGCUCUUAGCAAGGUGCGCUGUGAGAUAACCCAAGAUGUUAGAAUGGCAGAUGAAUUUGAUGACGAACUCCUUAUAACAAGACUAAAAAAAAUAUCAAGGAAUAAAACAAAAGAGUUAAGAGAAGAUACAAAUGCUGCAAAAUCAUGUGAGGAGAUUUCAGUGUCUGCUGAGGAAUCCGGAGAAACCGUUGACUGCAAAGAUCAUGGGAAAAAUAUUACAAAUAACUCUUCUCAGAAAGUGCAGAAAGCUCAUAUAUCAAAGCUAAAGAGAAAGAAUAUGUCAGAUGUCAGAGUCGAAGGUACUAAAUCUUGCAAUGGAGCAGGCAGAGGUCUUACUGAUCUAUGUGGAAAGGGAGCUGAUAGAGAAAUCCUUGGUUUUGAAACCGGUGACAAGGUUUCCCCUCAACGCCCCAGCAAGAGACGGAAAAAAGAUGCUGCUGAAGAAAAAAAGAUUGUGGAGAAGUCUUCGUGCAGCAUUUCACAGAAGUCCCGCAAGUCAUCGCAAUCAUCAACGCUAAAGAUGAAGCAUUCAUUGGAUGAAAAAGUCCCCAGUGUACCUUCAUUAAGUUCGAAGAAGUUAAUGCUUAGAAGGAAACAUACAACAGAACUUUCUCCCAUUAAGGAUUUGACAAUGGAUGAUGGCAGCCCUAAGCCAGUUGCAUUAAAACCAUUGGCAAAACCAAGACCUAACGCAAGCAAUAAAAGGGUGUUCAUGUCGAUGCCAAAGUCUGAUGGAUGUGCACGCACAUCUAUUAAUGGCUGGCAUUGGCAUGCAUGGUCAUUAAAGGCUAGUCCUGAAGAGAAAGCCCGUAUUAGAGGAAGUUCUUGCGUACACGUACAACAUUUUGGUUCCAAAAUCAGUUCGACUCAAAACGUUCUCUCUGCAAGAACUAAUAGGGCAAAAAUGCGUAAUCUUCUAGCUGCUGCAGAUGGUGCUGACCUCUUAAAAAUUUCUCAGUUGAAGGCUAGGAAAAAGCAUUUGCGGUUUCAACAAAGCAAGAUUCAUGAUUGGGGUCUUGUCGCACUUGAACCGAUUGAUGCUGAGGACUUUGUGAUCGAAUAUGUCGGAGAGUUGAUACGUUCUUCUAUAUCUGAGAUACGUGAACGCCAAUAUGAAAAGAUGGGAAUUGGAAGCAGUUAUCUUUUUAGGCUUGACGAUGGCUAUGUGGUUGAUGCCACAAAGCGUGGUGGCAUAGCAAGGUUUAUAAACCAUUCAUGCGAGCCUAACUGUUACACCAAGAUUAUUAGCGUGGACGGUAAGAAAAAGAUAUUUAUCUAUGCUAAACGGCAUAUAGACGCUGGUGAAGAAAUAAGUUACAACUACAAAUUCCCGCUAGAAGACAACAAAAUCCCUUGUAACUGUGGAGCUCCAAAGUGCCGUGGAUCGCUGAACUAGGAGGAACUUGGUUUACGGAGAGAGAACUAUUUUAAGGUGUUUUGGGCUCGCAUGGAGCCAAGGAUGAAUCUCCUUUUGCAGUAUACAUCUCCCGCAGCAGAUGAGUCUCCUUUCUUUCAAUUCAAACUGUAACUAUUUUAUUUCCCACAUACUAACACUUAGAAAGAUAGCUUCAUUUUUCUUCUCUUUUUUUUGUUGUUGAUAUAUACCUUUUUGUCCUUGUUAUCGUCAACAAAACGAGAUAUAAACAAGGCCAAGUUAAUAAAUCUAAUUUAUGAUCAGAACAAACUUAAUUUCUUAUGAAUUUAAAGGAAGCAGAUGAAUCUUUCUCUUGUGUUCGUGCAACAAAAAAAGGUUAUUGUUAACCACUUUUUAGCUGUCCAUUUAAAAGAAAGAAGGGCCAACUUAUACAAAUUUGGAUCCUUGUUGGUUUUUCAUUUGAGCAGAAAAAAAGGAUGAGAGAAAUGAUCAUUAUUAUGGCUAAAAUGAAUGCAAAGAGGAAUUGUUAAAAAAAAAAAUUGUAGCUAACUCAAAAUUCCAUUUCCGCAACCCCAUAGUGCUUGGUAUGUGGUACGUAUGAUGUAAUAUAUUUAGUUUCCCUGUUUUGUAUAUCUUGCUAUUACAACUUAUUGGAUUUUGACAGUGACAUCAAGUUUAGAACAUAUGAUUUGGUGAUUUUAGUUUUCACUAAACGGAGAACCCCAAAAUAGAGAAUUUGGGUUUUCUUAAUUGAAUUUUCGGAGAACCCCAAAAUGGAGAAUUUGGAGGACAUAACGAAGAAUUUUUGACUAUUUGAUUAAUUUGAGUUUCUACUUUUGCUCUUUUUAGCAAGAAGGUAAUGUUGGUUGUUUAUGUUGGGAAUGUGUUUCCCUUUCCCCUAAAGUGGGUUUGCCAAAGAACAUUAUAUUCCUCGAUUUAAUAGUCGUUGGGAUACCAAAUUAAACAUGAAAAGUGUGUAGUUUUAAUCAUUAUGUAUUAUGCAAAUCAAAUUAAUCAUAUCAUUAAAACUUGAAUACAAUUUUUUUUUCAUAAGAGAUGGUAUGCAAUCGCCUUUUGUCUUUUAUCAUGGUUU